AUCACUUUUGCAUUGAAAUAUUUCAGAUUAUAGACUCUUAAGUGAUAUCAACUGAUCCGGAAUCGUGAAAUCUGUCGCAAUGAAGUUGCUUAUACUAUCGUGCAUCGUCUUCGUGGUUGUCACUGAUCGUUUCGUCAUGGGAGACCCCAAAGCCGCGACUUGUUCUUUUGGCGAAAACCGUGGAAAAAUACAUUUCAUGGAAAAAGAUAACAAGAUUCGAGUUCAUGUUAGCAUUCACAACGUACCCGGACACACUUACGGCAUGCAUGUUCACCAAAACAAGAUUUCACCUGGUGCAACAACAUGUGACGGUCUUGGGACUCAUUUUAAUCCAACAGGAGAUCCGAACAAUGAUAAAGGCGAUCUCAACCCAAACGGAGACAAACCCUUGGCAGCGUCAAAAAGCGGACACCUUCAUCUGAACUCUUACUACAUUGAUACUCUCACUCUUGACGACGCGCCUGUAGGAAAUGGAAUUGUCGGUCGUAGCGUUGUGCUCCACGUUGACGGAAAGAAAUUUUGCUGUAACAUAGUAAGAGAUACAUACGUCGAAGCAAACUUCCUCCAACAUUGAAUCGACAUAUUAUAAUUUUCUGUUGAACAAUCGUACUUUUGGAAAUUAUUAAAAAUAACGAUUGUUAAUAAUGAUUGCAGUUUCAGUCUUCUUUUGUCCACAAAUGUAACAAUAUUUGACUUUAUUAUGUAAUAUGAAAGUGUAACUCUUACAUGGUGAAAAUAUAAUUCUGACAGCUAGUUCUA